AUGGCAUCUCCCAGCUCCCCACCCAUCUCUCCACGAGGCAGCUCCGUCGCCGCCAACUCCUCUAGUCCCAACGCCUCGGCGACGGCUCUCCCAUCCGCAGAAAGCUUCGUCACUUCCCCGCGGCUCGAUCCGAUCAUCGAACAUGUCGUCGCAGACCAUUCCCGCCCGCAGACCGAGAGAGCCAGAGCCUCAUCCAUCACCAGCAUCUCAUUCGGGAGUCCAGCGCAGGGACGUCGAGAUUCUCCUGGAGGCAUGCGCAAGGUCACCCCGCGAAUCAGGGACGCGUCUCCCCCACCUCCAUCUAGAUUCCAGCACCAUGUAUCCUUCGAUAAUUUCGGCGGCGGCGAGCCCACUGAACGAAAUACGAUUUCUUUUACCUUGAAUGUAAAGCAUAAAGGAUAUCAAUUCAAGAGGCGGUCAAGGACUUUUAUGGUUGGAAUUGAUGAGAAUUUUUAUUCGGAUAUUGCUUUGCAAUGGAUGUUGGAGGAAUUGGUCGAUGAUGGAGAUCAGAUUAUUUGUUUGAGGGUGGUUGAGAAGAAUACCAAGCUGGCGAGUGAUCGGAAUUUGGAGAAGAAACAGUAUCAGGCUGAGGCGAAAGAAAUGAUGAAGCGUAUACAGGAGAAGAAUGAUGAGCACAGGGCGAUUAGUAUUGUGUUGGAAUUUGCGAUUGGAAAAUUACAACCUACUUUCCAGAAGAUGAUCCAGAUCUACGAACCUGCUAUGCUUAUUGUCGGUACACGAGGUCGAAGUUUAGGAGGCAUGCAGAGCCUUAUCAGCAACCACAGUUCCUUCUCCAAAUGGUGUCUUCAAUACUCCCCGGUUCCAGUUGUCGUUGUUCGGCCUACCGAGAAGAGGAUUAAAAAGAAAAAUAAACGAGAAGCCGACCCUUCAAGACAAGACUAUGCACGAAUUCUUAGGGAGAGUGGAUUGGAUGAGCAUGAAACAGAUGGUGGUUCACAUAGUGUUGAACUAGAGAUAUCAAAUACCCCAGAUGGCGAAGCACAUGCCGUAGCAGCUGCCAUAGGUCUUCCAGCAGCUUUCGAUCCAACACUCAAACCCAUUGAUCUCCCAAGUUUGUCACUGCAAAAAGUCGAAUCGGUAACAAGCGACAAAACAAGCGUUUCUAGAGCAUCCAACUCACCCGACUCACGUCCCGUAACCCCAAACACGGAAGUCACAGCUGCUAAAUCGGCUUCUGCGGAUUCCGGCGAUGAAUCUAGUGAGGGGGAGUCGGAUGAUGAAGGGGAGUUUGAAGCUGUGCCUGGAGAGUUGUUACUCGGUAAUGGUGAAGAGGAUGGCGAGGAGAAGAAGAAGAGACUGCAUGAUAUGGAGGUUGGUGAGGCGAAGGCUUUGUUGGCGCCGGGGGGGAGGAAGAGUAGUGUGGGGAGUGUGGAGAGUUCGUUGAGUUCGAGGUGA